ACUCCACUGAAAAGGCAAUUCCAAAAACCCGAGUCACGUUUUCUCUCAGCCAAUCACGACGCGACUUUAUUAUGACACCGUGGGAUUCCGCGAAAUUGUUUCUUGGAGUUGGAAGAAGUGCCGCUCGCAGUAAAAUAGGACAAGUUGACGCAUGUGUGGGAGCGCACCGAAAGGCGGUUUAGACGCAGACACAAUAGUCCGCUCGGCAAAACGCAGCGUUUUACUGAAGCUCUGCCGAGGAUAAAGGACACAGGCGGAGACGCGGGGAAGAGGAACCGAGGACCGAUUCAAACCGCUAUCCGUCCUGAGGGGGAGUUUAUUUAUCCGCCCUGCAACCUCAACAAGAAGGCGCAGUCUUUGCGGAAUAGUCACAUUGAAGACGACACGUGUGGAUGAUUAACCACAUGUUUCCUGGGAGGACCGCGCUCUGAUUACUUUACUGUAUCCGUGCGGUCGGAUUGUUUUCACCGGACACGUCGAUCCUUUUUCUCCACCUCCGGACCCGCUUGCAGGUUCGUCAUGUCGGAGGCGGAUGUCUCUGCGGACUGCGUCCCCAGCCGACCGCCGGGCCGGACGGAGGACGCGCUGAAAGAGAACCCGGAGAACCGGACUUUGCUCAUGGUGGCGAUGAUUCUGCUGGACUUGAACAAAUGCAGUCCCGGUGCCAUCAGCGCCGGAGGCGGCAGAUCCUUGGGGGUCAGCGAGGCCGCCACGCAGGAGAAGGUGGAGCGGGGGGGUUGCCGGUUGAACGCCGGGGACAGCCGUGGCGCGCUGGUCCCCAAGCAGCCGCGGAGCAGGAAGGCGGCGGGGGGCCCAGCGAGACAGGAGUCCCCCGAGAAGCGGCACUCCUGCCCCUUCACCGGCUGCGGGAAGAUGUACGGCAAGUCGUCCCACCUCAAGGCCCAUCUGAGGGUCCACACCGGUGAGCGCCCUUUUGAGUGUACCUGGCCAGAGUGUGGCAAGAAGUUCUCCAGGUCCGACGAGCUGACGCGCCACUACCGCACACACACGGGGGAGAAGCGCUUCAACUGUCCCAUGUGUGACAAGUGCUUCAUGAGGAGCGACCACCUGACCAAACACGCCCGGAGACACGCGGGCUUCCAUCCCAGCAUGCUUCAGGGCUCCAGCGUGGCCAAGAGACGCCGCUGCUCCGUCUCCGUGUCCUCCUCCGAUUCGGGAGACCAAAGCCCCCUCGGGGUGUGAGACCCGCCCACACACUGUACAGAUUCAGCGUAAAGCCACUCUCAGAAGCAGACGUAGAGGCAGCCACAGUCACAGACACACCUGGAUGUUUCUCUGACACCAAUCCCAUCAAGCCAGACAGCUCAACCAGCCAGACCACAAUUCACAGAGUUUUUUCUACUGCACACCACCCAUCGUGUAACAGCAAGUAGAGACAUCCUCAGCCUGACUGUAAUUAAGCUAGAACUUCCUGUCCUAUGACCUGAGGUGACUGGUAUUUAUUGAGGGGUUUUCAGGGUCUGCCACAGGAAGAAGUUAGAAUUAUUUUUCUAUUUAAUGUUCAGAACUUUUCUCCUCAGAGAAUCUGCAAUCCAAGUGGUACAGUUAGGGUUUUCCAGAACACACUACACGUUCUCAAUGCAAACGGCGAGAAAAACAAAUCGAAGUCCUCUGACUGAUAUAGCGCUAGCUUGUUAGGCUUUAGAAGUAGAAUAUUACUGCUGCACUCGGCUAAAAUCCAUCCAUACAGUUGCUUCUCAGUGCAGGAAAAGGAGAUUGUACAGUAUUAUAUCACCAUGUAAAUAGAUGAAGCAGACUACCUUUUGAAUGGAGGCUAUGCUCGGUGUAGUGUAGUUAGUAGAGUUUAAAGAUUAGUUAUUAUAUCUUAUAGAAAUACAGAGCUUGGUUAUUUAAUUUUAUAUAUUUGGCGAUAGACGAGGUAUAAUCAGAUGUAUCAUUAGCUUGUAAGCAGUGUGUUGUUGUGUUGAGACAUACAUGUCGUAACAUCAGGUUAUAUUUGGAAAGAAAUGCACCAAAAUAUGUUUUACAGUGCUUUAGAGACCAUAAUGCAUGAGCACGUCUCAUGGGGAAUUACAUUUCAACAUUUUGUAUUUUUUUUUUUUUUUUUCAGGCUUGAAGCUUGUCGGUAGGGCAAGUGAAACAUAACAGGGUAAAAAGCCUUUUAGUAAAGUGGAAACUUUACUUUUUCUCUUGCAGUUAAGGCACUACAGUCUUACGACCAUGAUAUUCUAUGUUUAGUAAAAGUCUGUGCCUUUUCUGGUGCGUCUGCAGCACAGGGGAGUUUCUACAUUUGAAGCCACUCAUGGGGUUAUUAAGUCUUGAACUGGGUUCAAUUCCCAGUUUGCGACAGGAAGGGAAUCAGGCGUAAAAACAAAAAAAAAAAAACAAGCCACGUGCAGGUUGCAAUAACUUGCUGUGGCGACCCUUGCAGAAAGGGAGCGGCAGAAUGAACGCUUACUGUAAGCCGAGGGAAAAACACUACCUAAUUGAGCCUUGUCGACACUUUUUGUUGCUCUUCAUUGAUACUUUACAGACUAUUGACUGUCUGAUGCCAACAGUGCCAGCUGCUGUACACUGAAACCUGCUUGUUGUUUGUUUCUGGACUGCAUUCUUUUUCAGGGAGUAAUGAUACCAGUCAUUACUGCGCUCUCUGCUGGCGACAUGGAAGCACAACAUUUCUCACAACAGAAACCUUUCGUUUUUCAUUUGUGUUGCAUUUUGAGGAGUGUUUUUUUUUUUUUGUAUUUGUUUGUUUUGUGAAUCAAUUAAUUCCAUGAUGUAGCAUGUUUAUAUAUAUUUCUUUGGUACCAUGUUUGCUUUGUUGGUUUGGUAAUCUUUUUAUAAUCGCACUAAAGGGUCAUGUUAAUUAAAGAGCCAGAUACAUUAUUGAUGUUGACGCUCCAUUUUAUACUUAUCAGAUAUUGCAUUAAGAGGCCCAACAGGUUAAAGGGCAGAGUUGAUAACCGUGUAGGAGAAAAAUUACAUUUGCUGAGUGAAAACCCCUGUUUUCUUUUUCUUUUGGCAUUACGAUGACUGUGAUUAGAUGCUGGUGCCUUUCGGGUUGAAGCUCUUUCUUCUGACGCUACUGUACUGUAAUCAGGGACUGUCAAUGCAAAACCCCAUGUUAUUGCAUUACACACAGCUGUGUAAUAAUUACUGUUCAACAGUUUUACCAUUAAAAUUUAUCAGUUUUUUUUCCUUUCUAAAUGGUUUGCUUGUUUGUUCUUCCGCACAACAGUUAAAUAGAACAUUACAGGUGCACCUUAAUAAAUAGGUAGAUAAAAAUAUGAAAAGCCUUUCAUUAGCGUAAAACUACAAGCAUGUAAAAGUGUAGAUUUAAUUUGUUUAAUCUGGAUUCAAUUCUGUGACAAAGUAACUUUUCAUUGUGUUCUUUUUUUUACAUAUGUGAACAAAGAAGUGAAACAAUGUUUCAUUUGCUCGGUGUUUAUUAUCUUCAUACACUGCACAUAACAAUAACAUUGUUAAAUACUGUAAUGUAAGUGUUUACAAUACAAGAGAAAUCAUUUAAAAAAAAGGAAAAU